AUGAACGGCCACGUCAAUUCUACCACAGAGUCCGAGCUCGUCGCCGACAUCAUCAUAGUCGGAGGUGGCUUCGGAGGCUGCUACGCCUUGCAUGAGCUACGCAACAUGGGCUACACUGUCAAACUUCUUGAAGCCGGCAGUGACUUUGGCGGCGUCUGGCACUUCAACAAGUACCCAGGAGCCCGCGUCGACUCAGAAGUACCCUUGUAUCAACUGAGCUUGCCACAAGCUUGGCGCGGGUUCACGUUCCGAGAACGGUUCCCAGACCACAACGAACUUCGGGGUUACUUUAUGCACAUUGCUGAAGCCCUGGACCUUCGCAAGGAUGCAAUCUUCAACACUAGAGUCAUUGAUUCCAAGUUCAACACCGAGUCCAACGGUUGGAUUCUUCGGGCCGAGAAUGGACUUGUCGCCAAAUCUCGAUAUGUCAUCUUCGCCACCGGCACCACCAACAAGCCUUACAUCCCAAGCUUUCCUGGCAUCGACAAAUUCUCUGGCAAGAUUGUCCAUCCUGCAGCUUGGCCUGAAAGCCUGGAUUUGAAAGGCAAAAAAGUUGGCCUCGUGGGCCAAGGCGCGUCAGGACUGCAAAUUCUGCAGGAUAUCGCCAAGGAGGACUGCGACGUCACCGUUUUUGUUAGAAACCCGCCCACGGCCCUGCCCAUGAAUCAGCGAUCUAUGUCUCAAGAAGAGUCUGAAGAGCUCAAGAGCUCGUAUGAGGCUUUGUUUUACCACGGAAAGUAUCGUGAUGCAGCGGGAUACGCAUACAACGCGCCAGUUGGCUCAUUCUAUAAGACUACGCCCGAGGAGCGUAGGGAGCGAUAUGAGGAACUGUGGGCGAGAGGAUCAUACGCCUUUCUGUGCUCCCUGUACCCUGAGCACCAUUACGACAAGCAGUCAAAUGCCGAAGUGUACCAGUUCUGGGUUGAAAAGGUCAGGGCCCGCAUCAGCGAUCCUUAUAAGCGCGAUAUUAUGGCACCUCUCGAGCAGUUCCAAUGGAUCGGUGCCAAGAGGCCAAACCUGGAGAUGGACUAUUACGAAACUCUCGAUCAGCCCAAUGUCAAACUGGUUAGCCUCAAGAAAUCCGCAAUCAAGGAGUUUGUGUCCGACGGUAUUGUCACUUCGACCGAAGGUGUCGACGAACAUCACGAGCUGGACUUGGUCAUUGUGGCUACCGGGUACGAUUCUGUGACUGGAAGUCUCUACGAGAUGAAUGUCACCGACAAGACCGGUACCAAGUUGAAGGAGAAUUGGAAGGAUGGAAUCUAUACGUACCUUGGGAUGAUGACUCCUGGGGUUCCAAACGCUUUCAUGCUCUAUGGACCGCAGGCACCCUCAGGCCUAGCCAACGGACCGCCUUUCCUGGAGCUUCAGGUGGAAUGGCUAUUCAAAUUCUUGAAGAAGUUGGAGGAAGAAAAGGCUACGACUGUCGAGGUUUCAAGCGAGGCCGCAACCGAGUACCGUCAAAAGAAUAUCGACGCGUACAGUCACUCGCUCAUGAGCGAAGUGCCCUCUUGGUGGAACGGCUCAAACAUUCCUGGCAAGAACAAAGAACCUCUUUUCUGGGUUGGAGGUCUUCAAGCUUGGAGACAGGAGAGUCUCAAGGGAUUAGAGGACUGGUCACGGUUUGUCUUGGCAAAGAAGUGA